GCUGAGCCAAUGUACUCACACACCAGGCUCGCUCCUACUGACUGCGGUGCCUGGCAACAGAAAAAGACGUGAUGACGUCUCACACAGAUUGCGUAUUAUGGGAUGUGCGGAAUUAAACAUCGAAGAGCGGACACCAGAGAGAGGGGGAUAUUGCUGGAAAAAUAAACAAGGGUUCACAAGGUCUAAAACCAAUGGAGCUGUCUGCUGUUGGCGAAAGCGUGUUCGCCGCCGAGUCCAUCACGAAACGGCGUAUCAGACGGGGUCGCUGGGAAUAUCUGGUGAAAUGGAAGGGUUGGUCUCAAAAGUACAGCACUUGGGAACCCGAGGAAAACAUUCUGGACGCACGCCUCUUCGCAGCCUUCGAGGAGAGGGAACGGGAAAGAGAACUAUUUGGGCCAAAGAAGAGAGGCCCCAAACCGGAGAAUUUUUUAUUGAAGGCUAAAGCCAAAAUUAAGCCGUAUGAAUUCAGGAGAGAGCCGUACAGGGGGAUUCAAGUGUCCUAUCCCGUUCCAGAGCCAGUCAUAACACCGCGAGCUCGCGAGGGUCUGAGGGCUGUCGUCCCCACAAUAUUUCCACCGAGCACCGUCAAUAGAGGGGAGAGUGUAGGCCUACACCACACGCCGCACGAGCCAGAGAAGAGGUCCAGGCACCUCCAACCACUGCUUCCGUUCACAGGAGGGCCGGAAUUGGCCCAUGUCCCUAAAAAAAGAGGUCGUAAACCCAAGAAGAAGGUGCAGAGCGGCGAAGACCUCGAGGUGCCUGUAGAAUCUGCCAAGCGGUGCAGGUUGGAGGAGCAGGGGUUCCACGGCCUGUCUAUUCCGCCGAGAGAUCUCAAUCACCGCAGAAAGGCGCCCGAUAACGGCCUUCUGCAGUUGACGAGGAAGUUUCAAGAAAAAACGACUAUUACGCCGAGGUCCGCACUUGUGCAAAAACAAGCGGUAGGCCUCAAUAGAGGAUUAAUAAUCCCAGAGUUCGGAGAUCAGCACAAGGCCAACCAUGGAAGCCAGGGCGCUAGUGACUCAAGCAGGACACAUUUUCCUCAGUCCAAAAUGAAGCACUUGGUUAAAACGCGCAACCACCGGUCUCUGGAGUUUUCAUUGGCCAGGGAAAGAAGUCCCGUCCCUGUUAAACCGCCGGAGUCUCGCGAGGGAAAAUCCGUCGAACUUUGGGGUCCGUGGAUCACCAAGUUCGACAACGUGAUAGUGACAGACGUCACCACAAACCUAUUGACAGUCACCAUCAAAGAGAGCGCUACUGACAAAGGCUUUUUCAAAAAUAGAAGAUGAACUGUUUUGUUAUCUGGGUCCACAUGUAGUAGCCUAGGCCUAGUAGGCUCAUAAACAUUUAUUUUGAGAAGAUAUAAAUUCUACUCUAUCAAUAUAUUUUUCUAUGUAGCCUACCCUAACUUGUAUAGCCUACACAUUAAAUAUUUAAUACCUUGCCUAAUAAAAGGACAAUUUGUAUUAAUUUGAA